AUGAGAGUGUUUGAAUCGCUCAACUGCAUUGUCUGCAAGCAACCGUAUGCUCGAGUUGUUAAUCAACCUCGAUCUCCACGUCAGCUGAGUUGUGGAUUGGCCAUGUGCAACGAAUGUUUCGUGGAAGAGGAAGAAAUGGACGAAGAAGAAAGAAAGCAUCAAUGUGAACUUGGUUAUUGCUUCGAUAACCGCAACUUUGCCUAUUUUUUGAUUGACGCUUUGUCACAAGAGGAAGCUCUGCUCUUUACUCCAAUGGGAUAUUUGCUUAUGAAGCCUUUCAAAAUUCCGGAAUGUCCAAUUUGUCAUGAUGAAUAUUUUUUAAAUGAACUACCCGAAAUGACUCAACAAAUGGAAACAAUUGAGGCAGCUUUGAUGAAUGCUAAGGAUGCACGUAGCUGCAACGAAUGCCACGAAAAGGAUACUAUCGACAAGAUGUUUUACUGUAGCGCAUGUAGCCUUGAAAUUUGUGCUAUUUGUGCUUACAAAAAACAUCGUUCGCAUGAAGCCAUUCCUCUAUUGGAAAAACAGGCUAACCAAAUGUUGAUGGAACUUCAAGAAGAGUCAAGAAAUGUCAUCAAAACGUACAAGGAUUUGGUUCCUGAACUACACAAGGGACUUCUCGAGGGCAUUGACAUCUUUGAAACGGAAUUGCUUUCGGAAGAGGACACUCUCAAGGACGCAUCAACUUUUGCCGAUUUACGGGAGAAAAAUGAAACAUUCACAAAGAUCAAGUCCAAUUUUGAGUCAUCCGCUGAGAAUUACUUGCCUCAUUUGCGCAGAUUCGAUGCUGAAGUCAAGCAAUUGAAUCAAGCCCUCAAGGAAAUCCGAAUACAAGCUUAUAUGGAAAACUUCUAUAAUUCUUUGGAUCUGUUUUGCGAA